AUGACGACAAAAAAUAAUGAUGUAGGCUUUCAAAAACGAUCUCCUUCGUGUUGGACAGAUCCAAAACUACUUUCAGGAUAUGUGCAGCUUAUUUUUAAUACUCUGAUCGUAUCUGGCUUGCUAUUCCUGUGUGUGAGAUUCAUCCAGCUCAUAAAUCGAGACGUUGAUAGGAAACUGCUUUUGCAAGCAGCUGGAGCAGCACGAACGGUCCGAGAAUGUAGAGCCAAAUACUUCAAAAACCGAUGCGAGCCUGAGUCAAGGGCUCCAUGGUUGGAAUCACAAUGUCUAUAUUGGUCCAGAUGCAUGAAUCAGGAAAUUCCAGAGGCUACAGAUCCGCAACAUUCUGCCGUGGUGUGGGCUGAGACUCUGGCCGAAAUAAUCAAUGGGUUUCUCAAGCCAAUCAGCGCAAAAUCGCUUUCCAUACUAUUGGUAGGCUCUUGCGCUAUUAUCAUCGUUUCGAACAUGGCAUUUAAGAGCUACAGAGUAACUUACGUGCCUAUCACGGAUAGUGUUAGUCCCAAAUAUACACAUGACAGACAGCCGGAUGACUAG